ACUGAGAAAGAUAUUUUCCCUAUAGUAAUUAAUAAUAAUUCAACCGUUGAAAAUCUGAGAAUCGAAAUCAGAAAGGUCCGGCGAGACUUAAGUCAAAAAAACUUCGAUCUAUAUGUAAGAAAAUUCAAACAACCCAAUCAUGCUUUAGUCAAUACUAUGAAUACUACCAAAAAAAGACAAGGGGAAUUGAUGGAGCCUCCCAAUAAGUUUACUUAUUAUUUUUCCGUGGAAGAUAUAGAAGGACUUAAAAAAAACCCUCCUUAUCUUCAAUAUGAUGGUGAAAUAGAUCCUAUUCAUGUUGUCAUAUACCUCCAGGAAGUAUUGGAAAAAAAACCCGAGGAUACUGGGCUCUAG